AUGGCGAACAAUCACUGCAAUACCUCCAGCCCUCAGGCCACUUGUAUUUUAUUUGGUCCUCAGGCCAUACAGACAAACCAGGCACUCCUCGACAUCCGCACUUCCCUGCAAGAAACUCGCGGCCUGAAUUUUCUGGCAACAGCCAUCACGGCCCUCCCGGCAGUAUGGCACGUGAUACAGGACGCCCUGCCUGAACUGCGUCAACUUCCUCACGCCAACCUCGACCAACUCUGCCACUUCUUCCAAGGAGGCCCUGCUCCCAUCAUCACCGACACGGCAAAUAUUAUCCUCACUCCACUCACGGUGAUCUCGCACUUGAUCGAGUUUUGGAAGCUCCAACAUGGGAAUUCUGACCAGCCUCCCGUUUCUCUCCCGCUGGUCCAGGAUGUCCAGGGAUUCUGUGUCGGCUUCCUAGCUGCAAUCGUCGUAGCUUGCUCCCAGACCCAUGAAGACUUUCAGAUCCUAGCCUUUAGGACUGUGUGCCUGGCUGUGUGCGUCGGGGCUCUGGUCGAUUGGGAUGAACACCAGAGAUCCAAUCCGCAGGACAGAGCCGUGUCGGUUGCCGUCAGAUGGAAAGGGACUGCGCAGUACGAUGAAAUUGAAGAUGCAAUAGGAUCACAAGACGGGGCAUAUGUUUCAUGUAUCACUGGCCCAACCUCGUUGACAGUCACCAUUCCCCAAAAAUAUGCAGCAUCUUUCGUGUCGACGCUCUCUGAUCUCGGCAUAUCAGCAAAAGGCAUAUCACUUCGCGGCCGAUUCCACCAUCAAGAUCAUACUAAUGCUGUUUCGCGGGUAUUGAGGCUUGUUGAGCGUGACGAGCGAUUCCAACUACCAUUUGCCAACAGCUUGACCCUUCCACUAAGAUCCAGUGUGGAUGGGCAACGUAUCAUAAACGGUGCACUACAUCGGAUUGCUCUUGAAUCGAUUCUUCUAAAACCCUCUCAGUGGUUCCAAACUGUACAGGAGACAUCUUCUGCCUGGGAAAUGUGUAACAAGCGCGUUGGUUUCAUUACUAUUGGCAGUGAAAUGCCUAUACCCCCAUCUCUUAUCAGACACCAUCUCCUGCCAGAAGCUCCCUCUAUAUUAAACGCUAAUACUAAUUCCACAGAACAAAUACCGAUCACAGGAACCCCACUAACAGAUGAGACUAACGCUGACGAGUCUGGAAUAGCUGUCAUUGGUAUGGCCUGUCGAUACCCAGAAGCAGACUCAAUUGAUGAGCUCUGGGAAAUAAUAGUACGAGGAAGACCUGCUGUCCCUAGAACCCCUGAAGAUCGAUUUAAAGAAUUUGACACAUGCCGCGAGUCCAAGGAAGGCCCUCUCUGGAGUAACUUCAUCCGACAGCCGGACGUAUUUGACCAUCGUUUUUUCGGUAUCUCCGGUCGUGAAGCAAAGUCCAUGGACCCUCAGCAGAGAUUAAUGCUUCAGGUGGCAUACGAAGCAGUAGAAUCGACAGGGUAUCGUGGUUUGAAGGACAAUAAGCUCCCCGAUGACGUUGGAUGUUAUGUUGGCGUGGCCACUGACGACUACGAUGAACAUGUCGCCUCCCAUCCUCCGAGCGCCUUUUCGGGUCCAGGAACAUUGAGAGCAUUUAUCAGUGGAAGGAUAAGCCAUUACUUUGGAUGGAGUGGCCCUUCACUCACGCUCGACACGGCAUGUUCAUCUUCAGCCCUUGCAAUCCACUCUGCCUGCCGGGCCCUUCAAGCGAGAGACUGCUCUGUUGCAAUUGCAGGAGGUGUUAACACAAUUACCCGCCCAACAAUGUCCCAGAAUCUUAAAGCUGCGUCUUUCCUGAGCCCCACCGGGCCUUCCAAAGCAUUUGACGCCGAUGCCGAUGGGUACAGUCGGGCCGAAGGAGCUGGUGCUGUAGUGCUACGUCCUCUUCGAGAUGCAGUCAAAAAUGGAGAUUUUAUUCUGGCCGUCAUUCGUGGCUCUUCGGUUAAUCAGGGGUCGAAUUCUUCACCUAUCACGGUGCCCGACUCUAAUUCUCAGGUUUCGCUUUAUCGCAAGACACUGUCGGAGUCACUAAUUGACCCCGAAGACGUAACUUACGUGGAAGCCCAUGGGACAGGAACCCAGGUCGGAGACCCGAUCGAGUUUGAUAGUAUCCGAAAGGUCUUUGGUGGUCAAGGCCGACCCAGUCAAGUCUUUGUCGGAUCCAUCAAAGACAAUAUCGGCCACGCGGAAGCUGCGUCGGGCGUUGCAGGUUUGCUAAAAACGAUUCUGAUGAUCCAACACAGAACGAUUCCCAAACUCGCUAGUUUCAAACUUCUCAAUCCGAAGAUCCCGCCACUUGGCAGCGACCAAGUCGUGAUACCAACGCAAACUCAGGGUUGGGAAUCUGCGACACGUACGGCACUCAUCAACAACUACGGUGCGGCGGGAAGCAAUGUUGCCAUUGUUGUACAAGAACAUAUACUCAAUGCUCCACCGAUUGAGAAUAGCAGUACGGACCAUCGAUUAUCUGGGUUAGUAAGUUUUCCUAUUCUAAUUUCAGGGCAAUCGAGUGAUGCCGUUGGCUCGUACGUGGAAUGUCUUAAGUCAUCUUUGUCGAGGAGCAAGUCCAUACUCGCUGAUCUCGCUUAUAACUUGGCGAUUAAGCAAAAAAGAGACUUGGAAUACCAAUUAGUCGUGCCUCAAUCAAGUAGACAGGAUGAUAUUUUCUUUCUUGAAUCUCCUGCUGCGAACCCGAAAGUUCAGAAGCUAUCACGAGAGCCACUUUCUGUUGUGCUCUGUUUCGGUGGGCAAAAUGGUAGGACUGCCAGUAUUUCAAAAGAUCUCUUGGAUAAUUGUAUCGUCUUAAGAGACUAUCUGAUGGAUUGCAAUGCCGUGUGUGAAGAACUGUCCCUUCCAAGUCUGUUCCCAACAAUCUUCCACCGGGAACUCAUUCAUGACGUUGUUGCAUUGCAUUGCGCUCUUUUUUCGAUCCAGUACUCUUGUGCUAAAUCAUGGCUAGCAUGCGGACUCAAGGUUGAUCGACUGAUCGGACAUAGCUUCGGCCAGCUCACUGCCCUAUGUGUGGCCGAUGCGGUCCCUCUCUUAGAUGGACUUCGCCUGGUUGCGGAGCGUGCUCGUUUGAUACAGACCUACUGUGGUCAAGAAAACGGCAUCAUGGUUUCCAUCGAAGCGCCCCUCGAAGAGGUACAUCGUCUCCUUCAUGUUGCCGAGCGGCAAUGCAUACAGCCUUUUUUUGCGGAAAUCGCAUGCUACAACGGACCAAAGAACCAUGUUGUAGCUGGGGAUGAGAUGUCCAUUCAAGCCGUUGAGAAAGCUUUGGAGGUUAUGCCAGUUAGGGCCAAAUUGCAGCGACUAAAUAACACCCAUGCGUUUCAUACUAGACUCAUUGACGAAAUCGUUCCCAGCUUCACCCAUGUCGCCAGCACGUUUUGCUACCAGAAGCCUACCAUUACAAUUGAGGCUUGCUCCCUGGAUGAUAGAUGGUCUGAUUACAUCACCCCCGAGAAGAUUGUCGAUCACAGCCGAAUGCCGGUUUACUUCUCAGAGGCUGUUGGGAGGAUAGAGCAGCAACUCCCUGGGCGCAUCGUGUGGCUUGAAGCCGGGUCAGGGUCGCCAAUUAUUCCCAUGGUCCGGCGAGUGGCCUCUGCUUCGCGGGGUCAUCUCUAUCAUCCUGUUUUCCUGGGAGGCCCUGAACCACAAAGAAAUCUCACAAAGACCACCUGUGACUUAUGGUCAAAUGGUGUCAAAGUGCAGUUCUGGCCCUUUCACCAGUCCCAGGCGACAUGGUAUAAAUGGGUCAAUAUUCCUCCUUACCAAUUUGCUAAAACGCGACAUUGGCUGGAUUAUAAACCAAGGGCACCCCCAUCGACAGGCCCAACAAAUUCAAAGGAGUUGUUAGAGCUUUUAAGUCAUCAGCAAAAUCCAUCCCGGGCUGUCUUCGAGAUCUUUCCCAGGAAUCAGGUCUACCAGCUGUGUACAGGCGGUCAUUUGGUAGUCGAUCAUGGCCUUUGCCCAGCAGGGCUCUAUAUUGAGUUGAUUCUCCGGGCAUGUUCUUUUUUGUUCAAGGACCAAGCAAGUGGAAUCCCGCAAAUUGAAGGAUUGACCAUGUCAUCGCCUCUUGUGCUUGAACCGUCUGGACGAGUGUUUCUGCAAAUGUCGGAAAUUCAUCCGCAAAUUGGAAGCUGGGAUUUCUCCCUAUUCAGUGAUGGCAACCCAGAAGCAAGCAGUCCAACAGUCCAUUCCACGGGAAGAGUUACAAUUUCACAGCCAAACACUCUGUCAGUGGCGACACGCUUACAGUCGUUGAAUCGUCUCGUGUCUCCAUCACGGUGCUCUGACAUCGAAGCUUCCCCGAUGUCGACGGGUUUCAAGGGCCCUAUUGUCUACCAGACUUUGGAGAAAAUCGUUCAUUACGCUGAAUAUUACCAUGGUGUGCAAAAGAUCUUUGCCAGUGGAGAUGAAGCAACGGGCCAAAUCGUUCUACCGUCGUCCCGGCCUGAUGUUCUGAGAUCCGGUGUCUGCGAUUUAGUCCUAUUGGACAAUUUGACUCUGAUGGCGGGUAUACACGUGAAUUGCCUAUCGGACCGCAAGACAAACGAAGUUUGGAUAUGCAGUUCAAUUGGGGAAGUCGUAAUCGGCAAGGAGUUUCUCGAAAAACAGCAUAAACUUCCGUCAUGGACAGUUUACUGCACUCGAGAAAGAUCCUCUGAAAAAUCGUUUGUCUGUGAUGUGUUAGCUCUCGAUCCAGACUCUGGGAGUCUUACCGUGGCCCUCAUCUCCCUUGAGUUUCAUACAGUACCCAUCAAGUCUUUGGCAAGAGUUCUGGAGAGGCAGAAUACGGCUGUAGCGAAGCCUUCGCGAGUUACAGAACCAACCCCUGUUUCAAAGCAUGCGCUUAAUGGUAUCAAGCGACCUUGGGUGACACAACAUGAGGAGCAGCAAUGUAAACGAAAAAGAAUCAAUGCGACCGUCCCUCAAUCAUCAUUUGACCCAGACUAUGGUAUUCCAACGCCUGUUACUGACAUCUCCACUGAGGCCUCUUUUGGGAGUGAACCUACUGGGACCAGCUCCCCUGGAUGGGACCAGAUCAGGGGAAUCCUUGGUGAGGUUCUGGAAAUCCCUUUGCACGAGAUCACGCCGUCAUCAACUCUUGCCCAUCUUGGUGUUGACUCACUGGUGGCAACUGAGGUUACCGCAGAAAUGAAAAAAAGAUACAACGCAACAAUGAAAGCCGAGAGCUUCCAGGGCACGGCCACAGUGGGAUCUAUAUGUGAUCAGUUUCAAGGGUCGUCGACUGGAAACCAAAAUUUAGACAUACCCAAUGACAAUAGCUCUUCACAGAGCAAUACAAGCUGUGAGACUAUGGGUCAAGACUUUCAGAACUUGCAUCAGUUGAACCUCCGCGAUGAUGCCGAGGCUCUCGAUGGGAACCGAGAAACGGUUGCGUUUGGGGAGAGAGAUGGAAUUCAGCUUCUUGCCGAUAUUUACUAUCCUGAGAAAAUUUCAAGCUCGCAGAAUCCCCUCCCAGUAGCUCUCAUGAUCCACGGGGGAGGUCAUAUAAUGCUGUCCCGGAAGGAUGUUCGCCCGAAACAGACCCGGAUGCUUUUAGACGCGGGAUUCCUUCCCGUGAGUAUCGACUAUCGCUUGUGUCCGGAGGUAACGCUACAGGAAGGGCCGAUGCAAGAUGUUUGUGAUGCUCUCACAUGGGCACGGACAACACUGCCGAGUAUCAUACUCAAACGGCCCGAUAUACGGGUAAAUGGCGAAAAGGUGGUAGCUGUCGGUUGGUCAACAGGAGGACACCUCGCCAUGAGCCUUGGGUGGACACCACACGCAAUGGGUAUGAGGCCUCCAGAAGCUAUAUUGGCAUUUUACUGUCCAUAUGACUAUGAGGAUCCCUGCUGGUCUGAGUCUAAUCUUCCUUUUGGAAUGCAAGUUCCCGAUACAGCUACUUCGGCCCAUGAUCUUUCCGAGUCGAUUUAUGAUGAGCCCAUCACGGGUUACAAUCCGACGAUAGAUCGAUGUGCUCUCGGUGGAUGGAUGGCUCCCAGCGACCCACGUUCUCGGAUACCAUUGUACAUGAAUUGGAAGGGAAAGACGGUGGAAGUUAUACUCAACGGACUGAGACGGUCAGAGGUCUGCACAGGUCAGAUCCCGGAGCUGCCAGUCCCGCCGCUUGAACAGAUCCAGAGUGUGAGUCCGCUUGCGCAGAUCCGUAAUGGAAGCUAUAAGACGCCUACAUUUAUUAUUCAUGGCAUGUUGGAUGAUUUGAUUCCCUGGGAGCAGGCCCAACGGACGUACGAUGGUCUGGUGGCGAACGGUGUGGAGGCGGGAUUCCGUCUGUUGAAAGACACGUUGCAUCUGUAUGAUAUUUACCGUGGGUGCGAGAAGAACAGGGAUGGUAUGCAGGCGAUUGUGGAUGGGUAUCAAUUUCUUCGUUCCCAUGUCUGAAGGAGUGAUGCAACUAUGCCUAAUAGGACUUGGCAAUAUGUCCAUUAAUGACAGAGAUGAACGUGUACGGGGUGAAUGGAAAGUGGAAGGCUGCAGUAUGAAUGUCCAUUCUCGUCUGUAUAGAUUAGCGAUGUACCAACACUCAUCAUCUGGGUGAGCCAUUUACUCUGCAUGAUCAACACAUAACUGACGAAUCCUAUCCUAUGCCCAGUAGCACAUGCAUGAGAUAGGUCUAAAGCCACUGGCUAAUCAGAACCCUACUUGGGAGAGUAAAAAUAGGUAUACAUGGACUUAACCAUGCUGACUGCACGCUACCUGCAAUAGUUAAUAUCAUAUAUCGAAUCAAUAC